AUGGACCGAAGCGCAAAAAAAGAAGGUGGCCCCGAGAAUGAAGGCUGUUGCAAUUUGUUGGAAAUUCUGAUCAACAUCAGUGACGUCAUCAGUGACGUUGCUAACAACAACAACAACGACAACAACAGCUGCAACAACAACAACAUCAACAACAACAACAUCAACAACAACAACAUCAACAACAACGACAGUAGUAGUAGUAAUUCAAGUAGCAACAAUAAUAACGUCGAACGUGGCAGUACAAAUAUUAAACCUGAUAAUUUUUUCGAUUUAACAAAAAUCAACAGCAACAACAUCAACAGCAACAACUGCACCGAUGACAACAACAUCAACGACUUUAAUGUAAUUGACAACAUCAACGUAAAAAUCAAUGACAGCCAACAUAUUUUAAACAACAACAACAACAACAACUACAACAACAACAAUAAUAAUAAUAAUAACGGCAACGAGUUGGACGAUACAUUAACAACAGCAGCAGGAGCAGCAGCAAUAAUAUUCGCACUGACGUCUUCUCCAACAACUCCGACACCUCCGAUUUUAAUAGACGCAAAAAGUUACAAACUGAAACCGGUUGAAAGCAGUUCUAGCAUGCCCAUCAUACCUCCGAAAAUUGAUACACCGAAGCCGACGGCAUCUUCUUCUCCCAAUCAAUCUCUGCAAACGAAUAUUCUACAUAUUCGAACGAAUAAAAAUACGAACAUCGUUCAACCGCUCGAGAAGAACUCAAACGAUAGAUUCAAUAAUGCGUCCAACUGUCCACUGAAGAAGGCAAAAGUGCCGGGACGAAAGAAUCGCUUUUUAGAGAUUGCAAAGCAUCAUUAUCCGACCUUACUGACCCGGGACAAAUCUGUACUGAGUUCAAAACAACAUCAUCACAGCAUCAAUAAAUUUGUUGAAACCGGUUCCAAAGUUUCUUCCGGUGGUAGGAUUGUGCCGAAACCGUCGUCCUCCAAUUCAAAUAAUUCUGCAGGUCAGCUCGAUGCGAACACGCCCAUCUUCAUUGCGGAUUCCAAUCUGGCCCCAACUUCACUUCUCAAUGACGAUUGUUCUCGGAACAGCAACGACAACAACGACGAGGACAUCAACUGCAUGAGGAAUAACAUUGCUGCAUUCAUGAACAACAACAUCAGCAACAGCAACAACACCUGCUCGGUUACUAAUGUAGACGAUACAAUCGAUAAAAAAUACUUGCCGAAUAUAUCCGAUUACAACCAGCAGCAAGAACCGCAUGACGAGAAUUCAGUUUUUCAAACCUACUUCGACGCGAAUGUUAUCGAUUUUGGAUUUCCGUCGGUCAUCAGUCAGUCUGACAUUUUCCAAAUCAACGACGGUGAAGAUGACAUCACCGACCUAAUAGAUUUCCCAUGGGAGGACCCUCUCGGUAUCAGUGAUGGCAGACAUUGCAGUGAGAGUUCAAUGAAAUCGAAUGCAGCGUACAAUGGGGCCGGUCGAAACUUCAACAUCUCCUCUCAGCCAAGCAACCUUCAAAAUCCACCUGGCGAGUCUAAUUGUUUUAUUGCGUCCGAAUCUCAAGACGUUAUUGAUGCCGGCUUCCAUGCAGCAAACCGAGUGCAACUGGACAUCAGCGAGUAUCUCAUCAACACUGACAUCAACCUCACAUCCUCUUCUUCAUCAUCCCUUCCCAACCAGCUUCCACUUCCAUCCACUUCCUCUUUACCUCAUCCUCCCCCUCCUACUCCUAACAAGACAACAACCGCGCAACAACAACAACUACUUCUACUACGUCAUCAACAGCAGCAACCAAUCACGUUAGACCUCACAAUCCAGGGUAGAUCAUUGAGACUUCCUCAUUGGUCAGCAAACAGUGACGUCAGAGAGAUAGAUUUCUGCGACAGUGUUUCACCAUAUUCGGUAUUCGACGACGAUUUUUUCGGUGUUGAGCUAACGAGAGAUGGAAUAUUCGAUACCGAUAUCGAGUUGGAUGGUUGUUUCAAUGAUAAGAACCCGGUGGAUACCAAUCAGUCCAAUGAACCGUCGGUUAAUUGGUUCAACUCCGCCGACGAUCACCUCUGCUUCAUGAAAUAA